CUAGCUAAUACUGUAGCUUGUAUUAUUCUACCUCUCUUUCCCAUUAUUAUUUGUUCAUUAGCUUUGCUGAGAAAAAAGACGAGGCCCUGUAGCAGAAGUUAUUUCUCUCUUUGUGAUAGCAAGAUGAUUGAGAACCGUGGAAACACGAAUCAUCAACAAACCACUGAAGUCUCCACUGACACGCUUCCACAAGUAGGUUCCAAGUGCUUUGAUGAUGAUGGCCGUCUCAAAAGAACUGGAACUGUUUGGACUGCAAGUGCUCACAUAAUAACAGCUGUUAUUGGUUCUGGGGUGUUAUCUUUGGCUUGGGCAAUUGGUCAACUUGGUUGGGUUGCUGGUCCUGCUAUGAUGAUUCUAUUCUCAACUGUGACAUAUUACACCUCAAGUCUUCUAGCUCUUUGUUACCGUUCUGGUGACCAACUCACUGGCAAAAGAAACUACACUUAUACACUUGCUGUUAGAUCCUACCUUGGUGGGUCUAUGAUCAAGAUUUGUGGGUGGGUUCAGUAUGUGAACCUUUUUGGAGUGGCAGUUGGGUACACCAUAGCAGCUUCCACAAGUAUGAUGGCAGUCAAAAGGUCUAAUUGUUAUCAUAGCAGCGGAGGGAAAAAUCCAUGCAAAAUGAACAGCAAUAUUUACAUGAUUUCAUUUGGUAUUGUGGAAAUUAUCUUCUCCCAAAUUCCAGAUUUUCAUGAGUUAUGGUGGCUCUCUAUUGUAGCUGCUGUCAUGUCCUUCACAUACUCAUUUAUUGGACUUGGACUUGGUGUUGGUAAAGUUAUAGGAAAUGGAAGAGUUAAAGGAAGCCUAACUGGGGUAACUGUUGGCAAUGUAAUUGCUGGCAGCACUGUGACAGAAGCAAAGAAAGUUUUGAGGAGUUUCCAAGCUCUUGGCAGCAUAGCCUUUGCCUACUCCUACUCUAUGAUCCUUAUAGAAAUUCAGGACACAAUAAAAUCCCCUCCAUCAGAGUCAAAGACAAUGUCAGAGGCUACAUUAGUCAGUGUUUUAGUCACAACCGUUUUCUACAUGCUAUGUGGUUGCUUUGGCUAUGCUGCUUUUGGAGAUUCAAGCCCUGGAAACCUUCUCACUGAUUUUGGCUUCUACAACCCUUACUGGCUCCUUGACAUAGCCAAUGUUGCAAUUGUGGUCCAUCUUGUUGGUGCAUACCAAGUUUACUGCCAACCCCUUUUCUCAUUUGUUGAAAAAACAGCAUCAGAAAAGUUUCCAAAUAGUGAUUUUGUGAACAAAGAAAUUUCAGUUCCAAUCUUUGGUUGCAAACCCUUCAAGCUGAAUCUGUUCAGAAUGGUUUGGAGGACAAUUUUUGUGAUCAUAUCUACCCUGUUGUCCAUGCUCCUACCAUUCUUCAAUGACAUUGUGGGGCUUAUGGGAGCCGUUGGAUUUUGGCCCCUCACAGUGUAUUUCCCAGUGGAGAUGUAUAUAGCUCAAAAGAACAUACCAAAGUGGAACACAAAAUGGAUAUGCUUACAGGUGCUUAGUGCUACAUGCCUUGUAAUUAGUUUAGUUGCUGCAGCAGGUUCAAUUGCUGGGGUCAUUGAUAAUCUUAAAGUUUACAAGCCAUUCACCACCAGCUACUAAUGGAUUAGGAUAGCAUAGUGAUCACCAUUGUCAAAGAUUUCAUUAGUAAUAGAAAAAAAAAAAUCUUAUAUGAAAUCUAUAGGAAGGUGGUUGUUAUAAAUUUGAUAAGUAUACUAAUUGACGUAAUAGUAUAGAAGAUAAAAGGUUUAAAGUAUCCAAUCUACAUAAAUUUGUUUA